AUGGCUCGGCUGACACCACCAUCUCACAACGCCCUUGUGGUACGCCCGCAUAUUACGGUUACUCCUGAAGAGAGAGAGGAGGUCCUGAAGUCGGUCGAAUACAAUGUCUUUGCGUUUCCCGCCGCACUCCUCACAUGCGACUAUCUUUCAGACUCUGGAACGACUGCCAUGACUGACGUGCAAUGGUCUGCCAUGUUCAGAGGUGAUGAGAGCUAUGGCCGUAAUUCAGGUUACUACUGCCUACUCGAAGCAUUCCGCGAUGUCUUCGAACGAGGCGAAAACCGCAGAUACACCUUUCGGGACAUUAUCGCAGGUACAGCCGACAGCAGUUUCUACCGUGAGAUGUUCCUACAGGAGAUGAGUGGUGGCUUUGUCAACGGCGGCCCCUUACAGCUUAUACGACCAAACUUCUUCAUGGUUCCUCAGGGGCGAUGCGCUGAGGCGCUGCUUUUUUCUACACUGAGUGAAACAUUGCGUGCCAGUUCCGGUUCUGGCCAAUCUAUGAGUGCCAACAGCCCGCCGGCUCUUAUCAGCAACGGGUUCUUCGAUACUACUGGCGCCAAUGCUGCAGCCGUUGGCUUCCAGUUACAUACCUUUACUCAGCCUGGCCUGACCGACCCCUUUCCAACGGAGCAGGUUGGGGUGUCCAACCCGUUCAAGGGUAACCUCGACAUUGGCAAAACAUCUGCGUUCUUGUCACAGGAUGGGAAUGCUAGCCGGGUGGCCAUGAUUCUUCUCACUAUUACCAACAACUGGGCUGGCGCGCAGCCCGUCUCCAUGGAGAACAUCAGGGCAGCUGCUUCCGUGGCGAAGGAUCAUGAUAUUCCCCUCUUCUUUGACGCUUGUCGCUUCGCUGAGAAUGCCAAGUUCAUUCAGGACUUUGAGAAGGGCUACAAAGAUAAAACGAUUCCGCAAAUCGUUCAAGAAAUGUUUGCACAUGCCGACGGCUUCACCAUUUCUCUGAAAAAAGAUGGCCUAGCGAACAUGGGCGGCGCGCUUUGUUUCCGCGACGAAGGGAUUUUCCCAACCAAAUUCGGCGCGGAUAUCGGUAUCCGCCUCAAGGAGCGGCAGAUAAUGUGCUAUGGCAACGACUCCUAUGGUGGCAUGAGCGGUCGCGACGUUAUGGCUGCCGCUGUUGGACUGUACGAGGUUACUAAAGAAGCUUAUCUCGCUGACCGUAUCGGACAAGUUCGGAGUUUUGCAGAGGGACUCAUUGAAGAAGGUGUCCCUGUUCUUCUACCCCCCGGGGGUCAUGCCAUCUACCUCGAUAUGGAUGGUUUCUUUGCCAACUGCGGAAGAUCUUACGGGGAAUUUGCCUCGGUGGGAUUCACCUUGGAGCUCCUGAAAUGUUAUGGCAUUCGUUCAUGUGAAGCCGGUCCGUUUGGUUGGGAGUGGGAUAAGAAGGGUGCGAUUGCCCAAGACCGAGACAGUAUCCCAAACUUGGUCCGAUUUGCAGUUCCACGUUAUGUGAUGUCGGACAGACAUAUCGACUACACUGUCGCUGCCAUCUCUCAGUUGUAUAAGAGGAGGCAUACCAUUCCUGGUGUCAGAAUCACCCGUGGCAAAGAACUGAGAAUGAGAGUCUUCCAAAGUGGGUUGGAGCCUGUUCCUGUAACAUCCGUGACGACCACACCAACACAGGUCGGUACAUUCCUUAGUGAGGCAAGAAACGACAUCGGAAAGCUUCAUAAAGCUCUUAAUCUGGACAAAAAUGCAUUAGAACGACUUGAGAAUGCUCUCGAUAUAGCGAUGACCGGAUGGGGCCACCAGACAAUUCCUGAGCAACCAACUGGGUGGCUAUCCGAUGCGAGUCUGAAUCUCUGUCCCUUCGAAUACUCUGUGGCAAUUGAAAGAAAAACCGGAAACUCUCAAUUGCGUUUCCUUCUUGAAGCCCAGGCAGAUGACCCUACUCUUGAAGCCCACCAAAAGAGUGCUCUGCAGCUAACCGAGGAUAUCAAAUCAAAAUACCCUCAAGAAGUCUCUCUUGACCGCUUCCACGUUAUCAAAGACCUCUUUUUUCCGCCAGCUGCCGAGGCGCAGGGGACUUUCGCAGCCUGGCACAGCUUCGUUGCGGAUAAGAGCUCUCGAUCGGAAUGGAAGAUUUACUUAAACCUCAACGCUCGUGGGAGAUCGGAAGCACCCGCUGUCCUUUGCGAAACCCUCAAUAGGCUUGGAAUGCAACAAGCCUGGUUGUCUCUCGAGAGGCUCUUGGCAGAGGAUAGUUGGCUCAUGUAUUUGUCUCUUGAUUUGAGCCCCAGUCCCAAGGCACGGGUCAAAGUCUAUGUUCAACACCGCGGAUUCGAUGCGACAGAGUUAGCAAAUGCAGCUACCACUAUUGCACCUGAAACCACGUCCGCCUCUGAAAUCGUUCAACUCUGCUCAAUUUUAAGCGGUGGCUCGGAAGGACCUUACGAGAACAAGGGGCUGAUGACAUGUUUUGGCUUCACGACAAGCGAUGAUGGACUUGGUGUCGAAUCCGAAGCUGCGGUAUACUUCCCUGUUCACGAUUACGCACCUGACGAUGCUGAAAUCCGUCGUCGGUUGGAGAGAUAUUUGAGUGAGACCGGCAGUAAUGAUGCAAAAGAUCCAGAGGUAUUACAGACGUACCAAAGGGCUGUUGAUGCUGUAGCUCACCGUCCUUUGGAAGAUGGCCGUGGAAUUCAUGCAUGGGUGGGGUUGAAGAUGUCCAAGACCCGUGGCUCUGUGAUAACUUUCUAUCUGGCUUCUGAAGCUUUUGGAAUGUUACCAAAGAGGGGUUGA